UGAGUCCGACUGGAUGCUACAGAAAGGUUCUGUUGGGUUCUGAUCAGAAUCUCUUGAAGGUGCCUUUGGAUUCCAAGGUUGAGCUGGGUGUUGACGUAAGACAUACCAGUUUCUUCCAGCUACCUAUUAGGACAUAAAAUGAAGACUAUCAGUGAAAACCAGAAGAUCUAAUGUGACAAUUAAGGACACUAAAACUAGGCGGCAGAGGACAAGAGGUACCAGGAUAGAUAAUUAUGGAUGAAACUGAUUUUUCAGAAGAUACAACUUAUAAGCAGCAGGAGGAUUUGCCUUACGAUGACACUGUCUCCCAAAUGAAGAUGUGUAAUGAUGGCAAUUUUACCUCAAAAAAUAACAUCCUGGGUGUCUCAGAUCAAGUUAUUCCAACAGAAGAUGACCCUCUUGAAAAGGCACCACAUAAUGAGAGCUACCGAAAUCCAGCAGUGGCCAUGACUUGGGAAAGAAUUACUGAAAAUGAUUUCCUUGUUGACAAAAAAGGUGAUAAAGAGAAACAAUGUUUCAUGACUCUUUAUAGCCCAGCUGAUGAAGGAGAUGCUUUGAAGUCAAAUAUUUCUGAUAUUUUGCUCCAUCAUCUUUCUAAAGAUCAAUUUCUAGGAGGUCAAAGCAUUGAUUGCGAAACUCUCCCAGAGAUCUCUCAUGCCGAUAGCAGUGACGAAGCAGCUAUUAUUACAAAUGUUUCUUCAUGUUAUGUUAAGAACUUUUGGUCAAAAGAAAAAACCCCAGAAUCCCUUCACCAACUCAACCCUAAAAGGGAUGGUGAAAACAGCAGUAAGUCCAGUUGUUCUCCAAGUUCUUCUGAUUUGGAAGAGCAAGUGGCUAUUGGAAAUCAAGAAAAUUCAAAAAAUUUAACAAAAAUAACAGGUCUGAGUGAUAAACAAAAAAGUUGCCAGCGGCAGGAACCCCAGAAACAGCUGACUGAAAAAGGAAGCUUAAGCAAUGUGUUCAAAUGUGGCCAAGGUCAAGUUCAUUACCAGCUCCCAGAUUUCUCUAAGGUUGCUCCUAAAGUAAAAAUCUCUAAAAAUAACCUAAUAAGUAAAUCUCUUACAAUGGCUAAACAAGCCAGCUCCUCUCCUAAACUGAGAAAUAAAUCAACAAUUGUGCAAGACAUUUUAGAAAACCUGUCUAGGUCAAAUUGUGUUGAAAAACAAUACCCGGAGAGGAAAAGGAAAAUUACAGAAACUUCACAACAAAUACAGAUGGAGUCUGCAGUACACAUCCAUCAAGAACUUCUCACAGGAUUAGAAUCAGAGACAAGUCUUCUGAAGUUAACAUCAGCCUCUCAGAAAGAUCUUUCCUCGAGUUCUUCUUCCAUAUUUCAAAAGAUAUGCCAAGGGAAACAGAUGUGUCAGAAAUUAAAAGAACAAACUGAGCAACUGAAGACCAAGGUACAAGAAUUUUCCAAAAGAAUACAACAGGACUCUCUCUGCCAUUUGCAAGACAGACAGCUGGUGCUGGAGCAACUGCAGGGACAUCUCCAAGUGCUGGGGGACUUUCUGGCCACCAAGGGGAUGCACCUGGCCUUGCAGCAGCAAAUCCAUAAGCAUGAACCCCCAGCUGUUGGUGACUUCGAUCCAGAAAGAGAAGUAGAAGGUGAAAUCUUCAAGUUGGAGAUGCUACUUGAAGAUGUUAAAGAGAAAACUGAUGAAAGCAAAUAUACUUCAAUUCUCUCUCUUCCUGUGAAUUCUCCAACCAUCCCGGAUGACUUGGCAUCCACAUUCUCUUCAUCCUCAAAUGAGGAGGACCCGAGCGGCGCGCCGGGAGGGCAGGAGCGUGCGGAGACCGUGGCCCCGAGUCCAGGCUGUGCCUUCUGCCGCCGACUCCUGGAAUGGAAGCAAAAGAUGGAGAGAAAAGGUCUCAGAAGGAUCAACUGUGGAAGGUUUUCCAUUGUCGUUCAUGAAAAGGCAUCACACCAAGAUUCAGCUCUUGGCUUUGAUACAAGAUCUGGCUCCUCUGACUCCAGCAGUGGAUGGCAGCAUAAUAAAUGUGAGCAUUGUGGCACUGAGACUCAGAACUCCCGAAGAGACUGCAGCAAAGACCCUCUGGAAGCAUUUCAUUAUAGAUACAAUACCCCAGGACAGUAUUACUUAAAUCACAGCAGAAGAGAUGCCUUUGUCCAGUCCUGCUCUUUAGAUGAAAAUAAAAAUUCUGCACCUUCUUGUUCAAAACCAAAACAGCUAUGUUCCCAGAAAGUGAAUUCAAUAUCCUUUCAAGAUGAAUGUGAACCUACACUAGGAGAAAGAAAUCUAAAGACUUUUAUGACCUUCAGUGCAGAUCCUGCAAUCCUCCCUCCCCAUUUCCAGUCCUGCAAGAUUUCUGGAAGCAAAUCCUUGUGUGACUUCAAUAGCAUCGAAAAAACAGAAUCUAAGAUUUUAAACUCGGCCUUGGAUCGUGCCCUAAAGACAGCAACCAUUUUGAAAAAAACUACUGAUCAGAUGAUUAAAGUGAUCACAGAAGACCUUGCCAAAGCACAGAGAUGGAGGAAUCAACUGAAAUACUAGUUUGACCUAAGGCAACCAAGCUUGUGGAAGGAAAAAACCAUGUGAAGAGAACUUGAUCAUCACUCUCCCCAAAAGUACCUUGCUUGUUACGCAAUUUAGAAAGAUGUCUUUUCAGAGAAAAAUACUAAAACCAAAAGAGGGCAACACAAAGUGUUUAAAUGGAAAAAAGAAAAAAGAAAAAAAAAAGGGGGAUUUCUGAUUCUUAAACCAAAAGAAACCAA